AUGGCGGUCGAUCGAGAUGGGCGGUACUUCGUUUUGAACGAACGCAUCGAUAGCCAGACGCUUGAGGAGGCAUGGACUUCUUUGUCAGAGCCUCAAAAAAUAGAUAUCGCGGAUCAAGUCGUGAAAGUGAGAAAGCAGCUUCGAUCCGUCUCGUCGACCUCUAUUCAGUGUGCGCACGAAAAUGCCAAGGCAUUCUGGGUGGACAUGUGUAAUCUAAGACAGUACCCAAAUCUAGAUGAAAAAGGUAAGGAAACCUUAGAGAGAUUGUCCUAG